AUGCUGCUCACUUCCGACUUGUUGCUGACACAUUUUGACCCGAACAAAGAAAUCAUCGUCGCAGGUGAUGCAUCCAAAAAUGGCUUGGGCGCUGUUAUUAUGCAUCGUUUUCCGAAUGGAUCAGUGAAGGCUAUUUCGCACAUUUCAAGAUCUCUAACUCCUGCGGAGCAAAAUAACGGCCAGAUAGAAAAAGAAGCUUUGGCACUGGUUUUUGCUGUAACACGGUUUCAUAAGAUGGUAUUCGGCCGGAAGUUUACCUUGCAGACUGAUCACCAACCACUUCUUAAGGUGUUCGGGAGCAAAAAAGGAAUUCCGGUAUACACGGCUAACCGGCUUCAACGCUGGGCGCUUACGUUAAUGCUGUACGGUUUUGACAUCCAGUUUGUGCGCACUGAAGACUUUGGACACGCUGACCUCCUUUCACGACUAAUGAAAUGCCAUUCAACAACUGACGAAGAGUAUGUCAUUGCUUCUGUCCAAAUGGAAGCCGAUGUCAACACCGUUCUCAGUGAUUCUACUUCAAGUCUACCUGUGACGUCUGAAAUGAUCGCUACUGAAACAUCGAAAGAUCCUGUUCUCCAGUCGGUGGUGUUCCAUAUCAAUGAAGGAUGGCCCAAUCAUUCCAAAGCAAUUAAUGAUCCAGUUGUCCAACAAUUCUUUAUCCGCCGAGACAGUCUGCUGAUCGUCCAAGGUUGCAUCAUGUUCGGCGAUAGAGUUGUUGUGCCAAACCGCUUUCGCAAACGCAUUCUUCAGCAACUACAUCGAGGCCAUCCGGGGAUGGAGCGAAUGAAAUCCCUAGCAAGAAGUUUCGUGUACUGGCCCAACAUCGAUGAUGCCGUCGAAAAAUAUGUUCGAUGCUGCAGACCCUGUGCUGAAGCUGCUAAAUCACCACGCAAGACGGACCUGGAGUCGUGGCCCAUUCCAUCGAAGCCGUGGGAACGAGUCCAUAUCGAUUAUGCUGGCCCGAUUAAUGGAUACUACUACUUUCUGGUAAUUGACGCAUAUUCAAAAUGGCCAGAAAUCUACCGCACUCGAAGCACAAACACAACGAAAACGUUGGAAAUGCUAGACGAGAUUUUUUCAAGAUUCGGCAAUCCAAAAAUUCUGGUUUCGGAUAAUGGCUCGCAAUUUUCUAAUGGACAGGCUGAGCGCUUUGUGGACACUUUGAAAAGAGGACUCAAGAAGUUACGAGAGGGAGGAAAUCCAGCAACUUUCCGACAUCUUCAAACUUUCCUUUCCGUUUACCGGUCCACACCCAAUCGAAGUGCUCGUGAUCAUAAGUCACCUGCAGAACUUUUUCUAGGUAGACCCCUCACUACUACACUGGAUCUUCUUAAGCCCCGAAAAUCAAGCACACCAGCUGUAAACAGUAAGCAGAAUAACCAGUUCAAUCAACACCAUGGUACCGUCAAGAGAGAGUUCUCCGCUGAUGAUUUAGUGUACGCAGAGGUUCAUCAUCACAAUCAAACCUCAUGGGUUCCUGGCAAGGUGAUUAAGAGAAAAGGCUCCGUCAUGUAUGCUGUACUUCUGGACACCGGUCGUCUCAUCCGUUCUCAUACGAAUCAGCUACGACAGCGUCAUCUAGAAUCCAUUAGUGAAGCUACUGAAUCAAAUUUACCAUGGACCGUGCUGCUUGAGGAAUUUGGAAUGCAAAAUCUGUGUACUCCAUGUUCGGAUGAAACUGCCGAUCCUGAUUCCAAAGAAACUCAACAACCGACUGAAAUGCUGCCAGAAGUGGCACACCCAAUUCAACAAUUGCCUGAAGUAUUGCACCCUGCCGAACCAACAUUGGACCAAGAAAAGGUUCUAGCACCAGAAGUCGUUGUUGAAGGCAUCAAUCCGCAGUGCUCCAAUCAACCCGUUCGUAACCGAAGGCUUCCGGCAUGGCUCGGAUCCUACGAUCUCUUUUAA